GGGAGGGGGGAGGGUGUGGCCCCGCCCCGCGCCGCCUCGCGCAUCCUGAGUGGGAAAUCCAAAGGCGGUUGGCGGGAAACGCGAGGGAAGUCGAGGAGGCGAGAGAAGCGAUGGCGACGGAGGCCUCAGGCGGUAAAGCGUUGCUGAGCAGUGGAGAGGUUGCGGGAGCAUCCUCCGUGCCAGACGGCUCAGCCGUUGCCACCAUCAGUAGUGCGGGCGCCAAUGGUGAACCGGAACCUGCUCGUUCUGGGAAACCAGAACAUGUCCCGGCAGCACCGUCACCACAAAGGGAGAAACGCGCCGAGGAGUCGUCAGAAAUGAAGGGGGGAUUGCCGGAGCAGCCCAAACCGGUGAAAUCGGAGGAAGCUCGCGCCUUGGCAGAACCAAACAAACGCCAGGAACUGCUCGAGUUAUCAAAACCGAAAGAGCCGUCCGAGUCGAAGGAACGGCAGGAAGCGGUCAAGCCUGCGGAGCCUAAAUUAACGAGCAGCAAACCACAAGAACCACUCCCAUUAUCAAAACCGGCAGAAUUGAAGGGACUGCAAGAACCAGUGAAAUUACCUGAAACUAAAUUAAUGAGUAACAAACCACAGGAAGCGCUUCCAUUAUUAAAACCAGCACAAUCGGAAGAAUCCAAGGCGCUGCAGGAACCGGUAAAGUCGACGGACCCAAAAGUUUCGGGGGAACCAAAUAAACCGCAGGAACCUGUGGCGCUGACAAAAUCGAAGGAGUCGGGAGACUUUAAGGUUUCACAUGAAUCGGUCAAGUCUGUGGAACCUCUCGGAUCCUCAAAACCACAGCAGCCAGUGAAACCCAAGGAGGACACCAAAUCGGAUAAACCACAGGAGUUGGUAAAAUCGGCAGAACCUAAGCAACUGGUGGAACAAAAGCAACGACAAGAAUCGGUGAAAUCUGCAGAACCCAAGGACAUGGCGGUGCCUAAGACUCAACCUGAAUCUGUAAAAUCUUCAGAACACAAGAAAGAAGUGGAACGAAAGCUGCUACCACAAGAACCAAUGAAAUCGGUAGAGUCCAAGAAAGAGGAGGAACAAAAGCAAACGCAACCACCACCGAUGAACUCGACGGAACAAAAGGUGGUAGAAUUGAAAACUUGUGACUCUGUAAAGUCUGCUGAACCCAAGAAAGAAGUGGAACGAAAGCAACAAAAAGAACCGGUGAAAUCUGCAGAACACAAGGAGAUGGUUGAGCCGAAGACUCGGCAGGAACCUGUUAAAUCGGCAGAACCUAAGAAAGAUGUGGAACGAAAGCAACAAAAAGAACCGGUGAAAUCUGCAGAACACAAGGAGGCGCUUGAGCCGAAGACUCGGCAGGAACCUGUUAAAUUGGCAGAACCCAAGAAAGAGGUCGAACGAAAGCAACAAAAAGAACCGGUGAAAUCUGUAGAACACAAGGAGACGGUUGAGCCUAAGACUCGGCAGGAACCUAUUAAAUCGGCAGAACCAAAGAAAGAGGUCGAACGAAAGCAACAAAAAGAGCCGGUGAAAUCUGUAGAAAACAAGGAGGCGGUUGAGCUAAACUCUUGGCAGGAAUCGGUGAAAUCGGCAGAACCCAAGAAAGAGGUGGAAGGAAAGCAACACAAAGAACCGGUGAAAUCUGCAGAAAACAAGGAGGCGGUGGAAGAACCCAAGGCAGCAGCACCGGUGGAACUGAAGGAAUCGGAAAAGUCAAGAGAGCCGAAGUUACCGGCGAAGCACAAGGAAACCCGGAAAGCGGCCAUGAAGAGAGCGGAGCAAGCCGCAGAAAAGAGCUUGCACGCAGACGCAGAAGGUUCCACCUCUGGUGCAGCUGAGGAAAAAGAGAAGUCUGAGGGUAGUGGCUCAGUCACCGAAGCCAAAGUCGAAGCCAACACUUCUGAGUCACCGAUGCCCGAGGGCUGGCGCCGUUUGGUGAUGCAGCGGCAGGCCGGAGAGACGGCCGGCAGAUACGACGUCUACAUAUUCAGCCCGAGUGGUAAGAAGUUCCGCUCGCGCCCGGAGCUGGCGCUCUUCUUAAAAACGCUGGGCGAUACAGCGCCCUCCGCCGAUGACUUCGACUUCCGUAGCGGCACCGGCAAAAUGGCAGCGGUGGCCGCCAAGAUGCGAGUUGCUUCGCCCCGGGGCAAAAGCGAAACUCGCCGGAGCAAGAGUCCCCGCGCCACCACCGCCGAGAACUCCCCAUCUACCCCGCGCACGCCAAAAUCUCGCGCCUCCGCCCGGAGGAAGUCUCCCGCCUCUGCCACCAAGAAGGGUGGAGACGCAACGCCGCCAGCAUCGUCGUUGGAAAAAGUGGGGGGGCGGCGGCCGUCGCGAAAGACGGCGGCAGUGACGGCCGAGGUUUCGCCUUCGCCGUCCCGAAGUCGUCGCAGCCGCAGCCGAGAGACGUCGAUGACGCCGCGUAAGCGGGCAAAGCCGGCGGCGCCCCGGGAGAGCAACGAUGGAGGGGACGAUGAAGACAAAGAGGAGGAGGAAGCUUUGCCACAGCGGCACCACGGCAAGAAGAGGGCGGUGCUGAGCAGCGAUGACCGCGAAGACGAAUUGUGCACGCCCAAGAAGCGGGCGAGGGGUCCGAGCGCCGGUGCCAAAGAAGAAACGACCGGUGAUGGAACCUCAGCGGAGGUGAAGAAAGUUGGAAGCCCAGGGAUAAUGAGGGAGAGUGUCCGACCUUUGCGAAUGAGGAAGACCAGUCCAUACUUCUCCCGUGCGCGCAUGGCUGAUGGGCUCGCCGCCCUCCACAGGGCGUCCUGGAGGAAGUGGACCCCUCCACGCUCCCCCUUCAACCUCGUGCAGGAGACGCUCUUCCACGACCCCUGGAAGCUCCUGGUCGCCACCAUCUUCCUCAACAAGACCUCCGGCCGUCAGGCCGUUCCGCUGCUCUGGGAGUUCCUCGAGCGGUUCCCGUCGGCCGAGGUGGUGCGGGAGGCGGAUUGGCGAGAGGUGGCGCGCACCAUGCAGCCACUGGGCCUGCACGCGCUGCGCUCCAAGGCCAUCAUACGCUUCUCAUGCGAGUUUCUGACGAAGAAGUGGCGCUACCCGAUCGAGCUGCACGGCAUUGGGAAGUACGGCAACGACUCCUACCGCAUCUUUUGCGUCAACGAGUGGAAAGAGGUGAAACCACGUGACCACAAGCUCACAGACUACCACCGCUGGUUGUGGGAAAACCACAAGAGUCUGGGACUUGACUGAUGGACUCACUCGCCCUCGUCACGGGAACAAGGAAUUUCCACCACUGGCUCAGCUUUUGUAAAACGGGAGAUGCUGUGCUGCAGGCAUUUAAAGAUGUAUUAAUGAAUCCAUUAAAAGCAGUUAUUCCUCUUGCAUCGAAUUGUGUGCUAAAAAAAUGUUUAAAAAAUAUGUUUUAGCAGGUAAGUCUGACUGAGCUAUGUAGCUAUUUUUCAGAAGCGACCUGGCCACAAAUGAUAGCUAAACGAGAAGUGGCUUAUCGUGUGGAAAUGUAUAGCUGCCAAAUAAUCUAAAUAAUGCUUAAAAGUCGAGUCUGUCUCUACUGCUCACAACCAAUGGUGCAACUGCUCCUAACCGGUUGCAGAUACGUCCAUGAAUAUACAAGCGAUUCAGUUGCACGCAAUCAAGUUGCACGCAACUAAUCGCCCAGGUGUGGACCGACUUUACUUUCCUGCCAUCUAGUUCUGGAAUAUUUUACUGAGGCUAUAAUACUGUACACCAUGGCUUGUUGCACUUUUAAAACAUUUGUAUACCCUUUCGAUUUAAAGCUUUCGUGACUGCAGGGAUUCAUCUUCUUGGUUCUUUCGGUAAAGUCACGUAGAAGACAGUGUCUCCCCGACAGACCUGGUCUUCACCUGAGGACGGCUGCUUGCGUUGUGGUCGAAACGUCGUGAGAAUUAUUUUAUUAUGUUUUAUUUUUAUUAUUUUAUUACUUCCCUUCUACGUGACUUUACCGAAAGAACCAAGAAGAUUUGUAUACCCUCUUUACCUGGAUAUAUUUUGAUGUCGUGCGAAUGCGGAAUUCGAAAUGAUCGGAAACAUGAUACUGUACCGUGAUGUUUGAUCUCGAAGUUAAACUCAUACUCUGUCAUGUUUAAAAAAAAGUAUGAAAAUUGUACACUUUUGUAGAAUUUCACGACCAAUAUAAUCCAUAAUGUAGGUUUUUUUGGGUUAGAUCAUGUAAAUAUGAAUUGGUCGUUAAACCCGCCACCACCCGACACAACCAAUUCGUAACGUUUGUCACGUAAACAGAACAUGCCAAUUCGUUACUAGUGUAACGACUCGCUGACAAGUUAUAUGAAGAGCCACUUUCAUUUGAGGACCCCCACAAUACGGGGCCCGAGGCUUCGUGCUUGUCUUCCAGCUUGUAUCUCCACUCCUCGUGCUCUCACCUUAUAUAUACCUCUGCUACUUGUAUGGAAUGUACCCUCAAUGUAUUUCCCUUAGCCCAGGGGUCGGCAACCUAUGGCUCCGGAGCCGCAUGCGGCUCUUUACGGGCUGCUUUUUGACGAUAUGUACGUAUGUACAGUAUGCAUUGCGGCUCUUGAAAUACUGAAUUUUGUACCGAAUUGGAAAGAAAUGGCUCUUCUUGUUAUUUUGGUUGCCGACCCCUGCCUUAGCCAAUCGCUGUCCUUUCCCUCGAACGGAUCCUAUCCGUCGCCUCUGGGUGACACUUUGUUUCCCGUCUAUUCUCAUUCAAAACUUUUCCUCCAAUCACUUCAAAGGCCUUCCUCCUGACCAAUCCCUGUGGAGGCCUCUUUCCUCCAAUCAGAGACCUUGGUUUAUCUUUGAAUAGCCGUUAGGCUGGACAUUGGCUCAAGGUCAUUGUCGGUCAUUACACUAGUACAGCACUCUCGGGCGAGUUGGUAUGCUAUAGAGUGGUACCUCGGUAUACGUCGUUUAUUCGUUCCAGAAG